UUCUUCUUCCUCCUCCUGCUUCUCCUUCUUCCUUCUUCUGCUUCUCUCUCUCUCUCUCUCGCCGGCGAACACUGAAAGCUCCGAGCGAUUCCCUCCGAUUCGAGCGCCGGAGAAAUGGAGUUCGCCGACGAGAGCGUGAGCGGCGGAGGAGCUGCCGCGGAGGAGGAGGCGGCGGCGGCGGCGGCGUCGUCCGGGGAGAUCAGCGAGGUCGAGAGGAGCAAAAUCGGCAUCAUGCGAGCCGUCGUGGAGCGCGAGGAUCCUUCCGCUAAGUUGCAGGAUGUCGAUGAUUUCAUGAUACGGAGGUUUCUGCGAGCUCGCGAUCUAGAUAUAGAGAAGGCUUCUAAGCUGUUUCUGAAGUACCUGAGCUGGAGACGGUCUUUUGUCCCCAAUGGGGCCAUAUCGGCAUCGGAAAUUCCAAAUGACCUUGCUCAGCAGAAGUUGUUUAUGCAAGGUCUUGAUAAAAAGGGACGGCCUAUAGUAGUUGUAUACGGGGGUAGACAUAAUCCUUCCAAAGGAAGUCUUGAGGAGUUCAAGCGUUUUGUGGUCUACAGUCUUGACAAAAUAUGUUCCAGAAUGCCUGGAGGGCAGGAGAAGUUUCUGGGCAUAGCAGAUCUCGAAGGAUGGGGAUACAAAAGCAGCGACGUUCGUGGAUACUUAGCAGCACUGUCAAUCUUGCAGGACUGCUAUCCAGAGAGGCUGGGCAAGCUCUUUCUUAUUCAUGUGCCUUACAUAUUUAUGACUGCAUGGAGGAUGGUUUACCCAUUCAUCGACCCUAAGACGAAAAAGAAGAUUGUUUUCGUCGAGAACAAAAAACAGAGAACUACUCUGCUCGGGGACAUUGAUGAAAGCCAGCUCCCGGAUGUAUACGGAGGCAGUUUGCCACUAGUUCCCAUUCAAGACAGCUAAAUUUCACUCAGAUAACAAGAAUUUUCUCCUCAUUUCUUCUCUGGCCGUAAGCCUGUACUAUAUAAUAUAAAGAAGAUAUUAUAUGGCAAAAUGUGGAACAAUAGCCAAAAUCCACGGCUGAACUGUCCUGAUGAUAGGUUUAUCUCUCGGUAUUUAUAUUCUUUGUUUGAGUAAUUCUUAGUGUGGUCGAUUCAAAAACUUGUGGGGUUAAUAUACCAGAUAGUGUGGUCCAAUCCAAUGUACUCCACUCUUCUGGAGAAAUGAUUCGUUUUGCCCA